AUGUGCCCUAGCAUAUGUGUGCGCAUAAAACCGGUCGACACUAGGGUUUCAUAUGUUAUCCACUCUCUCUCUCCAGCCCCGACCUUCUCUCUCUUGGCCACCACCUCUCAUCUCUCUGUACUCCAGAGCUCACCGAGGCAUUUUUUUUUUCUUCAAAUGGAUGUGCAAAAGCUAAUGAAGAUGGCAAGUGCAGUUCGCACCGGCGGAAAGGGUAGCAUGAGAAGAAAGAAGAAGGCCGUUCACAAGACUACCACCACAGAUGACAAAAGGCUUCAAAGCACCCUGAAGAGAAUAGGGGUGAAUGCCAUACCUGCAAUUGAGGAAGUCAAUAUUUUUAAAGAUGAAGUAGUUAUCCAAUUUGUAAAUCCCAAAGUUCAAGCCUCUAUUGCUGCCAAUACUUGGGUGGUUAGUGGUUCUCCUCAGACAAAGAAAUUGCAAGAUAUCCUUCCGGGAAUUAUUAAUCAGUUGGGGCCUGAUAACUUGGACAACUUGAGGAAACUGGCAGAGCAGUUCCAGAAGCAGCAACCUGGUGCUGCUUCAGGUGCCGGUGCAACCAUGGCGCCAGAAGACGAUGAUGAUGACGUCCCAGAACUAGUUGCUGGCCAGACCUUUGAAGCAGCGGCAGAGGAGGGCCACACUGCUUAGAGUUUUAUAUGGGUUUUGUGCCAUUCCUAUAUUGCCAACGUUUUGAUAUCUAUUGUCUUCUAUGUUUUCGAUUUGAUGUUCCUUUGUGACAUUCUAAAAAAUUAUUACUUCAAUGCUUCGAUAACCAACUUUCUCUCUCCUAUAAGUGAUUGGCAUUUAUACUAGUCUUAUGAGUAGGACACAACUCUGUAGAUGCCAGGUAUCAAAUGAUGCGGCCCAAAGACUGAAGCACCUUGACAGGCCACACUUAAAUAGUUUUGCUCGAGUCCUAAUAUCAUGCUGGAGACAUUUGCCUUCCACAUUGCAUUUAUAGAGUGUUUUUUCCCUUUUCUUUUUAAGAUUCUCUUAGUUCUGGGAGAUUUUGCAAUCGAUCAUAUAAUUCGGAGGUUUUCUUUGAGUUAUAACACUUGGAUUGUCAUUUCAGCAUUGGUAUUGACGGUUUAUGUGUUGUUACGGUUACCAUGUUGACAAUAAUAUUGAAGAUCUGUGAAUUUAUUGUUGUGAUCAUUUGGGCGUUU